GCGGCGGCGACGGCGGCGGGAGGUUCGGUUGUCGCCCGUUGGCCGCGCGGCGCCGCGCUCGGCGGCCGCCAUUGCAGCUUACUUUCAGUUGCUUUUUAAAGACGGAAAGCUCAUGGUGCAAAUUGUUAUUUCCAGUGCUGGGGCUGGAGGCCUGGCAGAAUGGGUGCUGAUGGAGCUACAGGGGGAGAUCGAGGCUCGCUACAGCACUGGAUUAGCUGGAAACCUCCUGGGAGACCUACAUUACACCACUGAGGGAAUCCCUGUGCUGAUCGUGGGGCAUCAUAUCCUGUAUGGAAAAAUCAUCCAUCUGGAGAAACCUUUUGCUGUCCUUGUCAAACACACUCCUGGGGAGCAGGACUCUGAUGAGCUUGGCUGCAAGACUGGCACCCGGUACCUGGUGACAGCACUCAUCAAAAACAAGAUCCUUUUCAAAACUCGCCCCAAACCCAUUAUCACCAACGUCCCCAAGAAAGUAUGA